AUUGAUAAAUCACUAACAUUACUAAAUAAGACUUUUUAUAGCUUUGACUUAAGUAGUUGUUAGUGGAACAGCAGUGUUAAGUAAAUAGAAUAAUAAAUCAAAAAAUAAAAUUAGAAUGACUAAUAACAAUUCAACAACUAAAGAAGAAAAGGAAAAGGUAUCAGCACCUCCAGCAUCACUUGUUCCUGUACAACCAACACCACUUAGUUCAAAAGAUAAAGAUACUAAAAGAUUAAUAGUUGUAUUAUCACAAGCAUGUCUUGAGACUCAUAAAAUGAAUACUGGAGGUCCAGGAGGUGAUAAAUAUGCCCUUUUAAAUUGUGAUGAUCAUCAAGGUUUAUUAAGAAAAAUGGGUAGAGAUAUUGCUGAAGCAAGACCGGAUAUUACUCAUCAAUGUUUAUUAACAUUAUUAGAUUCUCCAAUCAAUAAAGCUGGAAAAUUACAAGUUUAUAUACAUACAGCUAGAGGAGUUUUAAUAGAGGUUAAUCCAAGUGUAAGAAUUCCAAGAACUUUUAAAAGAUUUUCAGGAUUAAUGGUUCAAUUAUUACAUAAAUUAAGUAUUCGAUCAGUUAAUUCUGAAGAAAAAUUAUUAAAAGUUAUUAAGAAUCCAAUUACUGAUCAUUUACCAACUAAAUGUCGUAAAGUUACUUUAUCAUUUGAUGCUGAAAUUAGAAGAGUUCAAGAUUUUGUAUCUACAUUAGAUGAAGAUGAAAGUAUAUGUGUAUUUGUUGGAGCUAUGGCUAGAGGUAAAGAUAAUUUUGCUGAUGAAUUUGUUGAUGAAAAGAUUGGACUUUCUGAAUAUCCAUUAUCUGCAUCAGUUGCUUGUUCUAAAUUCUGUCAUGGUUGUGAAGAUGUUUGGGGUAUUUUCUAAUAAACAUAACCAAUAAAUAACAAUAACAAAAACAUUUCCUAUUUAGUUCUACUACACAGUAUAUUUAUCCAUAGUCAUUUUAAUCUAUAUAUAAUCAUUUAAUAUAACAAUGUGCAUUAGUAUGUAUAUUCUCCAUAGUUAAGGGUAAUAAGGGUCUAAGUAUUUUUUUC